CCCUGCCGGACACUCGCGCACAGCAUGCGACCGGUUCCGAACAGCGGCGGCGCCUCAGCCCAUCACGGGCGGCCCGACAGCUUGACGCCAAAUGCGACGAUGCCAGCAAUGACGUACUUUGUCGGCACCGAGGAUUCCAUCAGCGACCUGGGCGACAUGAAUAUGAGCUUCCAGACGCAGCGGUUCCCCUACAAGAGCGAGCACGAGUCGAGCCUCCGCGGCGGCCGGAGCAGCCACCGGUCGACCAUGUCCGCCUCGACGUCCAUCUCGUGGCCCUCACCGUCUCUCUCGUCCCAGCCCGGCGGCGAAACGCCUCACGACCUCUCCCGGCCCAUGACCCCCGUGAACCUGAACAACUCCGGUCCCGAGUCCGUCAUCAGCUCGACCGACUCGCCCAUGAGCUCGCCCGUCGCCUCCAUGUCUGCCAGCCGCAUCAGCUCGUCGCUGAGCCUCGUCAGCCCUCACCAGGGCGGCAUCGGGCUCUAUCAACAUGCCACGGAUGGCGCUGCAGAGAGCCACACGCCACAGCUCAUCAUGCCCAGCCUGACGGUUCCGCGGCGCCGGCCCUUUUCGGAUACGGGAAAGUCGCUGGGGAAGCUCAAGGUCUUGGUGACCGGCGCAGAGGGGAUCGGGAAAUCAACUCUCAUCACAGCCAUAGCGCAAAGCAGCGAGCACAUUGUCCAUGUUGACCCCGUUACCAACCAGAACAAGGGCCAGGUGUCCGAAGUAUAUGCCAGCACCCGCCCUUACCCAUGGUGGAGAGCAGAGCUGGACCCUUCCCUCGCCCCGAGGAGAAGGAGCUCGGCAAUGGACGAGAUGCUUGACCGUAACCUCUGUUUCGUGGACUGCCCUCCGCAGCGAGACUCCGACGGCGUGCAUCCGGCUGUCCGGUAUAUCGAAUCACAGCUAUUCCCACUGCUGCACCGGCCAAUCAGUGACGGCGACCUGUGGAAUCUUCUGAGCAACGGGACAGAGCCCAUCGUCGACGCAGUCCUGUAUCUGCUGCCCCAUACAGGACCUGAACCUGCAGAUAUAGAGACCAUCAGAGUGCUGCAAAACACAACUAACGUGAUCCCCCUGUUGGCGCGCGCCGAUGAGAUUGACAGUCGCGAGGCUCUCGCUUCCAAGCAAAGCAUCGAUGACAGCCUGCGUGACAAGAACAUUGCCUACUUUUCGUUUAGUGCCCCCGGAGUACCCUCCGAAGCUUCUGACGUCUAUGCCGUCUCGAGCAUCUCCGACUCUGACUACGAUGUGAUGGAUGCCAGCGUGUUGAUGAAUUCGGAAUAUGUGCGCCCGCUCGUCUCCACAGAUCUCAAGAAGCUGGUGGAGCAGCUCAUGUCACCAGAUGGAAGCGCAAGGCUCCGGCAUUCGGCGUCGCUCAAGUGCGUGCGGUGGCGGCGACAAAAGGCCAUCAGCUCCUCAUCGCAAUCGGCUCUCAUCUGCCGCCAGCCGAUGGAGAUGUACUCGUUUUCCGCCCCUUCCUGGGGCCGUCCGUUCCUCCCCGAGCAGUACCAUCGACCCCUGGAGAUGGCAAGUUGGGCUGAGAGCUUGCGGUUGAGCCUCGAGGCCGAACGCCUGAACGAGACGCCGAUGCAACUGUUCGGGCCCGGCAUAGCGAUGAACAUGCCACUGGCCAGGGUCAACCAAAAGUCCAGACGCCAGAAGCACAAGAAGUCGAAGCGUGAAGAAGUAGUGUCUCAACACCAGGACCCGCUGGGGCUUUUGGGGCUGGCUGGUCAAAUCAGGUGCAACAGCAGGCUUACGCUCGAGCUUGUCAGCAGUAUCGGCGUGAUUGGGUAUUUCACAUCAUGGCUCGUUCGACCGGACGGGCUGGUUGCAAGGUGAUGA